AUAUCUUCGCCGCUAGAACGAGCGCUUCUUCGUCUUCAGACCCUAUCCAAAGGACCCAGUCUUGGGCACUUCCUCAAGCUGUAUCUUGCUACCCAGGACAUGUUGCAUCUGAGAUUGACUUCUCGUGCAUUGCAUGAAGUCAUUGAGCUCAAUGAGAUGGCGCUCGAGACUAUCUACAUCCACACGCCGGUGCCGUCUGGAAGGAGUCAACACACGGAUGCACUAAUUAGGGUCGGGUCGUGCUGCCGACACCUCGUAGUCAGGAUCGCGUAUCCUCUCAAAGCAUGCUAUUCACCAAGGACAUCAUCUCGCAGCACAAACCCUUCUGCUCCGCGCUCUAGAAGGGGGAGUGAUACAAUAUCUGACAAUCUCGACGCAUACUGUCCAUACGCCGAACCGCCCGUUGCUUGGAAGUUUGUUGUGCAGAAAAAGCCAGGUGUGAUCGACCAAGACUUGCUUGAACAGUGGUGCGAAAUUCUCAAGCUAUUACCGAAUGUGGAAACUGUUCACAUCACCUGUAAUGGUGAUCCUGCCUGGCCUGGCUGUACCGAUAUCGAGUCCGCACUCAUCAUCUUGCGCAUCGCCCUCGAACGUAUCAAUCCUGAGCAUCUACACACGGUGUGUCUAUCUCCGAUCCAUGCUAUGGGUAUCAUGCAUCUUCGCUGGGCAGGAGCUGGUGCAUAUGGAGAAGCUUGUGCUUCAAGAGAUCCUGUUUGGUCUAGGUUGAAGGUGUUGAAGCUAGGGAUUCUCAGUCCUUACACCGAGGGUCGACUAUCUGAGUGUCAGGAACGGCUGUUCGGGAAGAUCUUCGUGGACUACUUGCAGAGCUUCAGUCAAACACUGGUCCAACUCGAGUUGUCAUGGCUCGGUACUGCAGGUCCAAACCCGUUCGUUGCAGAAGAUGGGCAUCGAGCGAUACACUUGACGAGGCACUGGAACUCACUUACAGAAUUGUGGCUCAACAAUGUAACGCAGAACUGCAGCAUUUCAACUAUCAAAAACCAGGCGCCGAAGCUUCGGAAACUCAUCGUUGCCGCCGAUGUCCCAAGUACAGGUGAUCAGAAGCGUAAGCAAUGGGUUGAUUAUCGGAGUCAGGGGCUCGAAGAUCACAACGACGAGAACGCAGAUUGGACGACAUUCCAGACUCUGCGUAACUCAGCGAUACCGGAACCUCUCUUCAGUCGUCGUCUUGCAUGA